GACAUUACGACUUCCUCAAAGUCCCUCAGAAGUUUGUGUGUAGAUUUCCGUCCCUGGGAAGAACAGAUACCGGAAGUUGCUGUGGAAAAUAAGUUUGCGCCAAGCGGCAGCAGAGAGAAGCCGAACGGGACUAUUUCCGGCAUGAGCUGGGUGUGACGUCGUGGGUGCGGGGGGAAAGUUCUGUGGGGACGGCAGGAAAUGGGCCGCGGAGGAGAAAGUCGGGCAGAACGGUAGUUGCGGAGGCCGGUGCUGCUGGUGAGUCCCCCCCCCCCCACCCCAUUACUAUGAGUAUCCUGAACCCAAGGACCAGUUUGGAGGCAGGAGAUUCAGACGACGCCUGCUGUGCGGCUAUGGCCAGUGCUUGCUGCUUAAACACCAAGGAAGAUUGUGACAGCCCCUCAACUGCUCUCCCCAGCGGGACCCCACAAAGCUUGGAAGUGGAGGAGGUUCAGGGAUAUGACGUGGAGUUUGAUCCUCCCUUAGAGAGCAAAUAUGAGUGUCCCAUCUGCCUCAUGGCUCUGCGGGAAGCUGUACAGACACCUUGUGGCCAUAGGUUUUGUAAAGCCUGUAUCGUUAAAUCUCUCAGGGACGCAGGUCAGAAGUGUCCGGUAGAUAAUGAGAUUCUUAUGGAGAACCAGCUGUUCCCGGACAACUUCGCCAAGAGGGAAAUCCUUUCUUUAAAGGUGAAGUGCCCCAGCCAGGGCUGCACAGAAACCAUGGAGCUGAGACACCUGGAGCGUCACUUGGGGCAGUGCCAGUUUGCCAGCGUUGAAUGUAGCCAGUGUCAGGGCUCCUUCCCAAAGUCUCGCCUGGAGAAGCACAUGGAGCACGAAUGUGGAAGGAGGAAGAUAUUCUGCGAUAAUUGUGGUCUGGCCAUGGCGUAUGAAGACAUGUCGGGACAUGAACUAAUAUGCCCUCUGGCCUAUGUGACGUGUGAAUACUGUCAGACCAAUCUCAUCCGAGAGCAGAUGCCGUCUCACUACAGUAUGGACUGCACCAUGGCUCCAAUCCCCUGCAUGUACUAUGAGUUUGGAUGUACAGAAAAGAUGCAAAGGAAUGAUCUAGCCCGGCAUCUGCAAGACUUCACCCAGGCUCACAUGCGCAUGAUGUUCCAGACCCUGCGAAGCUUCAGCACCACUCCCACCAGCCAUAUCUCCGAUAUCUCAUUCUGUGACCCCAACCAGUUUGAGCCUGUACCCCUGUCCGUAGCACCCGCCCACCCUUCCCAUAUGCCUUCUCAUCAAGACUGCAGUCAGGAGACCAGGAACCUGCGGGAGACCAUUGAGCAGCUGGAGGGACGCCUCGUCAGGCAGGACCACCAGAUCCGUGAGCUCAUAGCCAAGAUGGAGACUCAGUGCACGUAUGUGAAUGAACUGAAACACACCAUCCGUUCUCUGGAGGAUAAACUACUCGACGUAGAUGGGCAUCACUGCAACGGGGUCUUUAUAUGGAAGAUCAAGGGUUUCAGUGGCCUCCAAAAAACCCAAGAAGAAGAGAAGCCGGUGGUUAUUCACAGCCCGGGGUUCUACACCGGGAAACCUGGAUAUAAGCUUUGUCUAAGACUCCACCUCCAGCUUCCCAGCGCCCAACGAUGUGCCAAUUACAUCUCCUUGUUUGUCCACACCAUGCAGGGGGAGUAUGAUAGCCUCCUACCUUGGCCACUCCAUGGAACCAUCCGUCUGUCUAUCCUUGACCAAUCAGAAGGCGCCAUUAUCCAGGACCAAGAGGAAGUGAUGGACACCAAACCAGAUCUGCUGGCUUUCCAGAGGCCGACCACUCAGAGGAACCCCAAAGGCUUCGGCUACGUCACUUUCAUGCACCUCAAUACACUGAAGCAGCGGCAGUACGUUAAAAACGACACUCUCUUCGUGCGCUGCGCGGUGAAUAUUCACCUGGAUGUGAUCAGCCCCCGCCGGGAGGGUUUCCAGCCUCGCAGUGGAGACGGGGCCCAAUAAUCUAGUCUGGAAACCAUUGGACUGAAGUGCAGCUUAAUGAUCUGCAGUUCUUGCCUGCUGCACAGUGACUUAUUCACAACUGAACAAACCCAAUUAAAUCAUAGUGGCAAAUUUA